GGCACCCAUCGCACGGAGGAAGAAGAUUUGCGCACACAAUGCACCGCACGACUGACAAGGAUUGCGUGUCCCCGAUGUCCACGAUACAUUUACAAUUUCGUGGAAAAGCGUAAAAAAAGGAAGCGCCGGGGGACGCGGCGUAUACCCCCCACGUGUUUAUCGCACUCUGGAUUGGGCCAGGACACGGAAUCGUGAGCAGGGGGCGCCGGUGACCGGCUCAACUUGUGCUAAACAGUGGAUCUAAACAGUGAAGGCUGCACGGAGGAGCUGCCCAGCCCGACGGGGUUUGGCCUGGUCGACACCCUCGUUUAUGGAAAUCGACACCGGGGCUUUCACUAAUGGGCCUUGACAAUUUUCUUCCAAGCGAUGGAGGGGCCGCAGAAGCGUUUUUGUGCGUGAAGGACUAAUAUGACAUUAUUACACGAGUGAUUGUCAGGAGUGAUUUCACUUCCUUGCAGUUUCUUAUGGAAGAAAAAAACAGCUGGAUCAGCUAACGCUAACUUAGCUGUGGUGCUAACGUUACGUCUUUCUUUUGAUAGGAUACCGACACCUUCACUUUCUCCCACUAACAUUUCGACUUUUGAGGGGAGAAAUAAUUCGUGGAACAUUACUGGUCCGCACUAUUAAUCGACCGGGUGUUAGUAAAAAUGCGGUUUUAUUCUCAUGUUGAAUAUAUUGUGAUGUUUUCGAGUUAGCCCCGUUCUUGCUAUCUGAUUUAGCAAAUGCUAAUUAGCUGGAGUCAACCCGAACCAAGUGCUUGGCGAGCGGUCGAGAUAAACGCGUGAAUUGAAGCACACUUGGCUCCUUAUAUUUGAAAUUUGCGAGCGAAAAGUGUCGUUUUGACAUAGAAGACGAUGUCACGACAGCCAUUGAGCUAGCGGUCCACUAUUUGGCGUCUGGGCCUUAACUAGCUUACCGUGACAUUUUGGGUUCGGACGCUCAAAUAAAUUGUCAGCAAUUUGUUGACGGUCAUGUUAAAUGUUGAUGGCCGGCUUUUUAGCACUAAACCCACGUGAGAGCAUUUAACUGUUUUUUAUCAAUCUGAGCAAGCGCUGUUGUCCUUUUCUGUUGACAUGCUUUUGUUGACGAGCUAAUAUUAGCCGUAGAGAAGAUGUCCUGAUCGCGGCAGUGUUUUUGACUUCCAUCGUGGCUUGUUACAAAAUACUGAAAUGACACUCAAAUUCCGACGAAAGAAGGGCCCUGACGCCAAUAGACUCUUGUCAAAGGAAGGAAAAUAGUACAAGAGGUUGGUUCAAUUAACGCCAUUUUAAGUGGGGCUCCGAGCGAGGGCCCGGGCGGGGGGGCUGGUGUCAUCUCUUUGCGGUUAGGUGCCACCUUCCACCGGACCGUGGCUUGAACUAAGUGCCUUUUGGCGACAGAAAAGAAUAAAAACUUGGAGGACAUGGAGGGCCCGAGCCGAAACACUGGGUCCAGGCAGAGCCGCCGCUCCCGUUCCCAGCGCAACAGGGAGCGGCGGCGGAGGAGAGUCAACCUGGCAGCCGAGGAACGGGCCACGUCCCUCUCGUCGGGCUCCGACCGGGAACAUCACGGGAACAACAGCGUCCUCGGUCCGGGGGAGAAAGAGGGUCGGCCUAGUUUCGGCCGACAUAGACCCCCUCGUCGGAGGAAGAGGGAGUCAGUGUCCUGCGAGGAAGACAUCAUUGAUGGCUUUGCAAUUGCCAGCUUUGUCAGCGUGGAGGCUUUGGAGAUGGACUGCUCUAUGAAGCCCAGCCAGCACAACGACAUGCUGGGAAGAAGGAACAAGGGCAAGAGGGGUCCAGAGGAGAAUGGCAGGGGGCCGCUGUCCGAGCCGGAGGAAGGCGUUCCGCACAGCUACUCCAGCAGCUGUUGGAACAAGAGUAGGAACAAGAGUAGGAGGAUAGAGGGACAUCCAUUGGAGACUGGCUAUAUUUGUGACACUGAGAGUGAUGCUGGAGACAAGGCCUCUGACCAUGACAUGGAUCCAGUAUUCACAGUCAGCACUAGAAAAGCUAUUGAGCCUCCACCCUCCACCAUGGGCAAGAGCUGCCCGGGCAUGCCGGUGCGGAGUGGCAUCCAGCGCUUGAUGGUGACGCCCAGAGUCUCUGGCCUGGAGCGAAGUCAGGAGAAAAGCCUGGAGUCGCAUUUCCCAGAGGCCGUUUCGUCUUCUACCUCUUCCCCCUCGUUCCCGCGCCUGCCUUCCUGCUCCCCGGCCUCAGCGGCAGGGCCGGUCCCCAGGCCAGCUGCCAUCAACGGUAAUGGCGGCCGCCACCAAAACGGCAGUCCCCCGCUGUCCAAACCGAAGCCCUUCCUCAGCUUGCCAGGACGGCCGUCACACUCCCUUUACAACAGGAGCAGCACUCCAGUUAAGCCAACAUCUGUUGCAUCGUCUUCAUCUUCCAUGCGCCCCCCAACGCCCUCCUCCAGUGUCUCUAUGUCCUUCAUUCGGGGCGCAGGGUCCUCUGGGCCCCUCCGACCUCCUUCUCGGGCCAACGCGGGUGCUUUGUUCACUUCUUCACCAGGCCUGCCUCCCCCUCCACCUUUACUACAAGGCCCUUCCCACUCAUCGGCUGCAGAUCAGGAAAUGCUGCGGCAGAAUUUAAACUUCCUGAACUCGCAAGAGCGCGAAGGCAGGCGUAGCGCUCCGGGAGCCGAAGGUAGUAACGCCACCGUGGGUCGCUCCACGCCUGGCGGGGCGUCUGCGUCAAGUUCCACGCCAGGAUCGACGGGCAGGACGUCGCAGAACCAGCCCAGUGUCCAGCCGCUGGCUUACCAGUUCCAUCAGCACAACCACCAGCACCAACAUACGCACACGCACCAACAUUUCACGCCCUUCUUACACCCACCCGCUGCUGCACCGCCCCUGUUCGAUAAGUACCCAGGCAAAAUGGAAGGGCUGUACCGGCAUCCUUUCUUCCCACAAUACCCGCCACCACCCUCAGUGCCCAAUAUCCAACCUGUGAUUCCUCCCACCGGGCCAUUUAGCUCGCUGCAAGGAGCAUUCCAGCCAAAGCCUCUUGUCCCUCAGGGAACCGGUCCGGAUCUGAGCACUCGCCUCGGGGUUGUGCCUCACCACCUGCAGCCCAAAGAUCACCGGCUAACUGAUCCAUUUGGGACUUCGUUGAAAAUCAGUAAUAAACCUGGAAAGUGGUGUGCUAUGCAUGUAUAUGUGGCCUGGAUGAUCCUGAGCCAUCAGAAGAAAGUAAAGCUGAUGCAGGCUGAUCCUCAUAAGUUGGACUUCCGCAGUGACCUGCUGGCCCGUCUUCCUGGAGCAGGUGGACUCGGCCCCAUGGGGCCAAUUGGAGGGCCCUUACCUCCAAGUCACGACCUGACCAGACCUCCCAGUCUUUUCUCAGCGACAGGUGGAGUCAAUCCGUCCUCAGCGCCUUUCAUCGCCCCUUCAGCACCACACUCGUCUUUCCUCGGCCCAGCUGCACAUUUGGGUCCAUAUGGUCGAUCUCCACCCUUUACCCCUCUGGGACCCCUCGAUUCUGGUGCCUUUGGGGGACUCGGAAGCCCAACACUGGCGGGCUCCAUGUUUGGUCCUAAGGACUCACCCGCCAGCGUCGUGGGAAGCUUGUCCAAUGCUCCCAACCACCACGAUUCGUGGAACCGCCUCCACGGCACAACGUCGUCAAGCUUCCCAGCGGGGCCUAGCUGGGCCAAAGGAGGCGACAAGCGGGAUGAGCGGGAUCGUUCCAAGGAUGGAGAGCGAAGAGAUGUACCCCACAUUAAAGAUGAAAAGGACAGAGACAACAUACUGUAUGGCCGUCCUCCUGUGCGGAUGUCUCCUGUGGCGCCCUCCUUCAAGCCCCGUAGUAGCACACCUAUUUCCCACAUCAACGGCCACAGCAGCGCCCUCGGGGGUAGUGGAGGGCCUGUCGAGGACUUGACUCGCAGUCUGAACAGAGACAGAGAACGCGAGCGUGACCGAGAUGGGGACAAGAGGCCACCGCCGACAGUAUCUUCUCGGGGGCUUCCCAUCGGCUCUUCCUCUUUGGCAGACAGGGACAGACCAAGAUCUUCCUCGUCCUCUGUGCUCAAUACCCCCCCGCCAACCGGCCGCUCGGCCCAAUCACCUCUGGACCUUUAUUCCCGCCCACUCGGACCGGCGGCACAUGCCCAUCACAACGAACACUCCCAAAGAGACGGCAGCCUUCCCACAUCUUCAGCGGGUUCCGCCUCGGUCACUUCUUUAUCUCAGGCUAAGAAGUCUGAUCGGACCACCACACCAGUCUCCAAGCCCUCCUUGCUCCUGGCGCCGGUUAAAGUGAAGGAGGAGCGCAAAGAGGAGCCAGAGCACAUCCCUAUCUCACUCCCGCCACCACCCCCCAACAACACCUUCGAUCGACCUAACAGCCACCCACAUAACCACAGUUCUGGAACCCCCUCAUCCUCUCUCUCACUGACUCCUACCCCGGGGGGUGCCCUCCCUCCACCCACUCCCAAUCCACCUUCCCACCUUUCCUUGCUGGAUCGUACCCGGGCUAUCGAAGCCUACCUUGGUACUGCAGCAAGCUCCGGCUUGGUAGUGGGUCCGGGGGCGGAACGUUUCCCCCACGGGACCCCACAGGGACCCUCGCAAGGUCCACACAGCUUCACUUGGGAUCCCUGGCGGGAGCAACAUCGAAGGGAGGCUAUGGCGCUCCGGUCGGACCCGCACCUCACCCUGCGUUCUGAUCCCCACCUGGCGCGAAUCCUUCAGCACCAGCGCCUCCUGGAGGCGGAAAGGGCAGCGGCCGUUGCGGCGGCCGCGGCUGCACCUCACCACCCUUCCACGUCCACCGCCUCCAACCAGGCGGUCCGCCAGGAGCUCGCCCUCAUGGCCCACCACUUUGACCGAUCUCACCAGCUAGGACCCCCAGGAGGGGGCCUGAUGGACGAGGAGCAGCGUGCACAAAUCCUACGUGAAGACUUUGAGCGGGCGCGCUUCUUUGGCAUGCACCCCCACCUCCCACACAGCUCCCACCUUUCUAGCCCCUCUCAUGCUGCUACCGCUGCUCACCUGGAACAGUUGCACUCUGGCCUUCUGUCCCACCACCUGCCUCCGGGGGCCGCCGCCGCAGCCGCCUCCCAGCAUCACGCCUCUCUGUACUCGCGUCUGGGCCCACUUAACGCACAUCACGUGCCCAACGGCAUCUUGGCAAAAACACCCGCCGGUUUAGUGGGCGCUCUGUCAAUGGGGGCGCCGCCCCCUCUCAUUCCGUCCAUUACCAGUCAGGCGUCUACGCCGCCCCGUGGAUCCAGACUGUUGGGCCCGGGGGAGUUGACGCUCUUCGGCGCGCAUAAAGAUGGAGAUUCCAGAUAGUACAGGUUGAAGGAGAUGAAAUGUCAGGAUCACUGUGCUGCUCGCUAAUGAAGUCGCUCACACAAAGUAGUCCCAGCAAGCGCUGCCAAGCUGCUGGGGAAGAUGCAAGACUCACCGAGGUGUUGCCAGUGCAAUUUAGACGAAAUUAUGGAAAGUCAGUUGAGCAUGUAUCCUCAAAAUCCAGGUUAAGAUCCAUGUACUAAUACACUUUUACACUCACUAGUUAGACAGUUUAGCCCACUCUUAGGCUAUCAAAUAAAUGUUCAAAUGGAAGCAUUUAUUCAAUAUUCUACCAGUGUUGUCUAACUAGUGAGGAGAAAGUGUACUAAUAGUACUUAACCCAUAAGAUGGAUAUUGAAUAAACGCGCUAACUGCAAUCCAUGCUACAUUGUUUGCAUUUUACUGGUUUUAAUUUUAUGUGGGCAGUAGGUUACUGCAGUGCCGUCAGUGUUGGCGCACUUUUUGUUGACUUAAAAAAAAAAAAAAAAAAAAAAAAAAAAAAAAAAGGCUUUUUUGGGGGGGGAUCGGCAAUGACUUCCAGAGGCAUGUGCACCUGAAAACGUGUUGAGAAUUGAGAUUCUCGUUGGGUCGAGUUGCAUCGUCCGAGGAUGUGUAGACAUGCAAAUGUUCAAGUGACGCCAUGUGUUUGUGUGUCCGUUUGUCAUCGUGAAAGGACAGUAUUACAAUGAGACCAAUUCAUGAGUUAGUAAGCAUUGUACCUCAGUUUCUUGCUUUAUCCAAAAAUCCGAAAACCCCAAAGCUUCAGCAUCACGGAACAUGACAUUCAUCCUUUUUCAGUUUUUGGCCUUGUUUUGUUCCCUGAGGAUGGAAGGCGAAAUGAACUGUGCAACGCCGUGUUCACUCACAGCGCUUUUAGAGCUUCCUCUGUUUCCCACUCUCCUCUGGACUAUACGAGCAGGACCAGAUUAUAGUAGUCUAGACAAAAUGCCUUUGUAAUUAUUAUUCUUAACAUUAUCUUCUAUAAUAAUAAAUAUAUUCACUGUUAUGUUAUUUGUCAUUGUUUCAGGUAUGCACCAGUACUCUCCGCCCAGGUAGGUGCCCAUCAUACAAAAGGCUUGCUUCAGUUCACAUUAAAGGUUAAAAUGCUGGUGAAGAACAGCCUUUGGACUCUUCAAGGAGCUCAUCUAUGCCUUUACUACGCUGACAGGGAGAUUUGACUGUGCCCUUGCUUUCUCUGUGCUAUCCAUUUGGGACAGUGUAAGACCUUGUACAGUAAGAUUUGGAAACUUGCUUACAAAAAUAAGUUAUAUACAUGGAUGAGCAGGACAUCUGAACUGAAAAAGGCAUACAUGGACAUCCGCAGUGGACAUACUGAGAGGGAAAGACUGGGUCGAUUAUUUUAAUAUGACCAUUUUAUACCUUUCCAAUCCCUCCCCUAGAGACCACAAAGAUUAAUUAUUAAAUGAACUGUUGUCUACUCUCGUGUGGGUGUUUUGUUGUGCUUUUGUAAAUGGGAUUCUUUAACUGAUUGGCUGCCAUUGAUGGUGCUAGAC